AUGGCUGCCAGAUUACUACUUCUUCAAGAGGCCUUGGCGGAAGAGAAGCGUCAAGAAGCUGCUCGAAGGCGGCUCAUGCGAGAGAGGUUUCGACAGAUAAACGUUCCCGACGCAGAGUUCGUCAACACCUUUCGAAUUUUAAUAGCUUUAAAGUUUUUUGGUAGGGGUGAUUACCAAGGUGGUGUAGGCCGUGACCAAUGGGUGCCUAUGUCCCAGCAAGCAGUUUCAGACUGCUUAAGGGAUGUCACAACGGCCCUCAAUGACCCCGGGCUAAUCCACCGCCAUAUGAUAUUCCCAAAGACACAGGCAGCACGGGCUGUCAUUAAAAACGGUUUCUACGAGAAAUUCGGUAUUCCGGGGGUGUGCGGUGCAAUAGACUGCACACACGUGGCCCUGCACAGGCCACAUGAAUAUGAAGAGCGCUUUUUCAACCGGAAGCAUUUUCAUUCAUUAAAUGUGCAGAUGGUCUGCGAUCAUGAAAACUACAUACUAAACGUGGACGCAUCGUACGGCGGGGCAACUCACGACGCCUUCAUAUGGGCUAAUAGCGUCAUAAGAAACCACUUCGAACAAUUAUGUGGUACCGGAGAAAUAGCGUAUCUAUUAGACUCCGGGUAUCCACUGCGGGAGUACCUUAUGACACCUGUAGACGGCGCCGCAGAAGACUCUCCUGAGGGGCGCUAUAACGACGUACAAAAGAGGGCGCGCUCCAUUAUAGAACGAACAUUUGGAAUUUUAAAAGGGCGAUGGAGAUGCCUGCUGGCAGCGCGCGAGCUUUAUUACCGGCCCGAUAUGGUCGGUAAGAUUGUUGUGGCCUGCUCCGUGUUGCACAACAUGUGCACGAUGGCGCGCCUCGAGCCACUAGAGCUGGAGCCGGACGAGAUUGCCGCGGAGGAGGAUUUGCAGCGCAACGCCCGCGCCGUCUACCAACCGCCGCCCGCCGUAGAGGCUCUGCGUCGUGGCCGUGAAGCCAGGGCAAGGUUAAUCGGAAACAUAAAUGGACGAUGA